AUGGCCGCACCGACCAAAGAAGAAAACUCGUCCGAGUCCUUCAAUGAACCACCAAGACGAAUCUCUGAGACUGGCGAUGUCCAGGUGGAGGGUACAUAUGUGUAUGAAAAGCUGCCGUUCUGGACACGCAUGGGAUGCACACUAGAGUCGUUCAAACCACGUACCCUAGCAGAUAAACACAAUCAACUCAACCAAACUCUAAGGUCUCGUCACAUGCAUAUGAUCGCUAUUGGCGGUUCGAUCGGUGCUGGUCUUUUCGUUGGAUCUGGUGGAGCUCUAGCCACCGGCGGUCCAGCAUCUCUCCUCAUUGAUUUUAUGAUUGUUGGCGUGAUGAUAUUUAACGUCGUGUACGCUUUGGGAGAACUCGCAAUUAUGUACCCCAUUUCCGGAGGCUUUUACACCUAUUCAACACGGUUUAUCGAUCCAUCUUGGGGGUUUGCCAUGGGCUGGAAUUAUUGCCUUCAGUGGGCUGUCAUUCUUCCAUUCGAGAUCGUUGUUGCCUCUGAAUGUAUCCGUUAUUGGGAUGACACCACAAGUCAGGCUGUCUGGUAUUCGAUGUUUCUCGCGGCGAUCAUUAUCGUCAAUAUCUUCGGAGUACUUGGAUACGGGGAGGAAGAGUUCUGGAGCAGUCUCUUGAAAUUGGCAACAGUCGUCAUCUUUAUGAUCACGUCAUUGGUUUUGGUUCUCGGUGGAGGCCCAAGCGAUGGCAGAUACAAUGAGUAUUGGGGAGCCAGGACCUGGUAUAACCCUGGCGCGUUCGCAAAUGGAUUCCAAGGCUUUUGUUCCGUCUUCGUCACGGCGGCCUUUUCAUUUGCGGGAACUGAACUUGUCGGUCUGGCUGCUGCCGAGUCCAAAACCCCGUUGAAGUCUCUUCCGUCAGCGGUGAAGCAGGUCUUUUGGCGCAUCACUCUCUUCUAUAUCCUCGCGUUGUUGUUUGUCGGCCUUUUGGUACGAUACGACGACCCACGACUCUUUGGGGCCGGGAACUUUAUCGACACAACAGCGUCGCCGUUCGUUAUUAUUGCCGGAGAUGCUGGUUUAUCGGGGUUUGACUCAUUUUUAAAUGUUGUCAUAUUAAUUUCAGUUGUUUCAAUUGGAAACUCUGGCGUCUACGGAGGGAGUCGCACCUUGACGGCACUGGCAGAACAGGGGUAUGCACCAGGCAUCUUCAAAUAUGUGGAUCGCGCUGGUCGACCUUUGUUUUCAACUAUUCUUAUUAUUGCAAUGGGCGCUAUUUCAUAUGUUGGCUUAGCCGACAACGGUGUCGAGAUCUUUGACUGGCUUCUAGCCCUGUCCGGUCUAGCUGCCUCGUUCACUUGGGGAUCCAUCUGUCUUUGUCACAUCCGAUUCCGCAAGGCUUGGGCAUAUCACGGUCAUACCGUCGAUGAGAUUCCUUUCAAAGCCAUCGGGGGGGUAUAUGGAUCCUGGCUGGGUCUGAUAAUCAACAUCCUCGUGCUGGUUGCACAAUUCUAUGUGGCACUCUUCCCCGCAGGCAACGACGGUGAUCUCAACGAUGCCGAAAGUUUUUUCAAGUCUUAUUUGGCUUUUUUUGUUGUCAUAUUCUUUUGGUUCGUGGGUUAUGCAUGGAAGCGAACUGGAUGGUUGAAAACUCAUCAAAUGGACGUGGAUAGUGGCCGUCGCGAAAUCGAUUGGGAUGCUCACCGUGCAGUUGUGGAAAAACGACGGAGUGCAGGACCUUUCAUGAAGAUCAUAUAUUUCAUGUUCUGA